UCGUGAGACUAGAAUAUAACUGUAAGAUAAAUUUCAAGCUAAGAAUUAUUCCAAAACUCGCUCAUUUUGUGGAAACUUAAUUUAAAAACUUAACAAAAGAAAUCUUCAUGUGCAUAUUCGACGAAAAAAAGAGAAAAAAAAUACGUCGAGAUGAAUAUUUCGAUCUAAAUUUCUUUCUGGAGUAAACAUUAUGCAAUAUUUAAAGUGAAGAAAAAAACGGAUAUGCAAGAGUAAACAAAUUUUUAUGCACUUCCACGUAAAUUCUUAUUGAUCUUUUUAAUGUUCAAAAAAAGUUAAAAUGAAUAUCUAAAUUAAAAAAAUAAUUUAUAUUUGUGAAAGAAAGAGAAAAGUUUCUUUGUGUUAAAAAAAAGAAAAAGAAACCAAAAACGUAAUAAGAAUGAGAGAAGAAAAAGUUGAUCUGAAGUUUAAACCAGUUUUGUGUUUUUUUGUACAAUUCUAUAAUAAUUUUGUAUUAGCUCAUGUGUUUUAAAUGCUCAAGUUUCAUUUAUUGUUUUUCGUCCUCGUAAAUAUGAAAUUGAAUCACAACUGAACUAAUUGAACUGCAAUGAUAAGAAACAAAUGAAUGAAGCUUUUAAUAAGCAACUGAUAAAAAAUUUAACUUUUUUCGUUUUUGGAUUACUGGAAUAUUUUAUUAUCAGUGAGAAAGCUGAAAAAAAAUUAAUUAAUGGUCCGAUGUUCAGUGCUAAGUUUAAGCGGAAGUGAAAGGAAGAAAAAAACUUUUUCCACAAUUUCCCUAAAGAAAAAUUAGAAGAAAAAUUAAAAAUUAAAAUGAGUUCAUCGCAGCCGUCCAACGAUGCCGAAGAAACGUCGAGUGCCGUUGAUUCUCAAAAUGGCCUUCGAAAAGGUCAUCGGCGACAAGAAUCACAAUAUGAGAUGACGGGGUUGUAUUCAGAGGCGCAAGAUGACAGUAGCGCUGAUUUACCACAAGAAAAUGAAUCGGAAUCGUUGCCAAGCACGAUAAAUGUGACGACAAAUUACGAGCCACUCAAUGUGACGGUUUCAACGACACUUAUGAAUCCCGCAAUCACAACCACCUCAAUUACAUCGGCGGCUGUUCCUGACACUGUUAUAAAAUGCCAUAGUCGACAACCAUCUUCAAGCCUAAUGGAUCGAGAGAAAGCUCUUCAUAACGAUGUUGUAGAUGAAUUAUCGAAAGAUUGUGGGAUUCUUUCUUGUCGUCCGAUGAGAAUUCAGAAGCUGGCACGAAUAAAGAUUUUCGUGCUUCUUUUGUCGAUGCUUGUUACGCUACAGCAAGCUUUAAGUUCUGGUUAUAUUAACUCCGUCAUAACGACGAUAGAAAAACGCUUUGAUAUACCUUCAAGCUUAUCUGGACUAAUCGCAUCAAGCUAUGAAAUUGGAAACGUUAUCACAGUCAUAUUUGUGAGUUAUUUGGGCAGUCGUCGUCACAUACCCGUAUGGAUUGGUAUCGGUGCUUUAGUUAUGGGAAUCGGUUCAACUUUAUUUUCCAUACCGCACUUUAUUGGUGAAGCCAACCCGGGAAUACUUCUUGACAAUAAAACCGACGACAACAUUUGUCGACUUGUUUCUGUGAGAGAACAAGACAUGGGACUUGGACGAUUUGGACAUCAUAUCAGUAAAUUAUCAAAUCCAGCUUUAUCAACUCAUAACAACCUGAGAGGAAAUAAUUGUCUUGAGAGUAAAUCGUCAACAUUUGGACCAGUUUUAUUCUUUGUUUUGGCACAACUGUUACUUGGUUGCGGUGGAAGUCCUUUGUUUACUCUGGGAACAACAUACGUUGAUGAUCAUGUGAAGAAGGAAAGUUCUUCGAUGUACAUUGGAUUUAUGUACAGCAUGGCAGCAUUCGGUCCUGUUCUUGGCUUUCUAUUAGGUGCUUAUUUAUUGUCAUUCCAUAUGGAUUCGUUGUCAGGGAGUGUAAUCAAUAUUGAUCCAUCUGAUAGAAGAUGGGUGGGAAUGUGGUGGGGUGGAUUCCUAUUAUGUGGUUUACUACUCAUCAUCGUUGCGAUCCCUUUCUUCUCAUUUCCCAAGGUUCUUACCCAUGAGAAAAAAAAGAUUCGAUUAGCUGAACAAUAUCGACAACAAGUCGUGAUUCCAUCGUACAAUUCGAGUAAUAGUUUACCGAGACAGUCACAAACUAAGCAACAAAGUUCAGCAGGAAAUUUGAAUAGUAGUAAUAAAGAUAGCGGAUAUGGUAAAGAUAUUAAAGACAUUCCGCUUUCAAUGUGGCGUUUGAUUACAAAUCCCGUUUACAUUGUAACGUGUCUUGGUGCGUGUAUGGAGUUGAUGAUUGUCAGCGGUUUUGUGGUUUUUCUCCCAAAAUAUCUCGAGACACAAUUCAGUCUCGGUAAGAGUCAAGCGAGUGUUUUUACUGGUUCUAUUGCGAUACCAGGCGCUUGCGUUGGAAUCUUCAUCGGUGGUCUUUUUCUCAAAAGAUUCCAAUUGAAACCCAAAGGCGCCGUUCAAUUUGUUUUAAUAUCAAACGUCAUUUGCCUUGCUUGUUACGCGCUUCUUUUUUUCCUCGGUUGCGAUAAUUUAAAAAUGGCUGGAACAACAAUUCCUUACUACAACAACACACCUCACAAUGUGGAGCCGUUUCGUGUAAAUCUCACAGCAGCUUGCAACACCGGAUGUGAAUGUCCCACAACGGACGUUGAACCUGUGUGUGGAAACAAUGGACUUACGUAUUUUAGUCCAUGUCAUGCUGGUUGUACAUCGUCAUCAUCUUCAAAUUACUCAAAUUGUGCUUGUGUUCAUACAAAUGUCACAAAAAAGCAAGUUUAUGAAGGAGCUGAUGGUGCUCAAGCUCAUGCUCUCAAUUCAGAUGUUGACUUCCAAGAAGUUACAGUAAUACCAGUAGCAACAGCUGGUCCAUGUUACAAGCCUUGUCGGACAAUUUUUCCAUUUCUGAUACUUUUGUUUUUUAUGACAUUCAUUGUUGCGUCAACACAGAUGCCACUUCUUAUGAUUGUACUUCGAUCAGUGUCGGAGGAAGAAAGAAGUUUCGCUCUUGGGAUGCAGUUUGUGAUCUUUCGAUUGUUUGGAUACAUCCCAGCACCGAUUUUGUUUGGAAAUCUCAUCGACUCGUCAUGUCUAUUGUGGAAGUCAAAUUGUGGUGAAGCUGGUGGACGAUGUCUUCUCUACGACAUUGAAAAAUUCCGAUUUAAAUAUAUUGGAUUAUGUACAGCAAUUAAAGUCGUCGCACUUUCAAUCUUUAUCGUUGAUUGGUGGCUUGUAAGGAAACGUAAACAUCUUGAUAAACUCGAACAUAUUUCAACACAAGAUGUUGUUGGUUCGAUUAUAAGUUUAGAUAAAUUAUUUGAAGAGAAAGAUAAUCAUUCAUGCUCAGGUGAAAUUAUCUUAACAGACUGCGAAGGUGAUCUCAAUCGACGCGUUUUAGUUUCGUCGAGACAUUUAAGAAACGAUUCAAAAUCACUUCACAUACAAUUAGAGCACAAACCUGAUGAGAAAGCUCACAGAACGCCAAAUCGAAAGCACACGAGAAGCAGUUCAUGUGACGUAAAAAUCACACGCAGCAACUCGAACAACUCGGAUGUUGAUAAUCGUUUAAAGAAACUUAAAAUAUCACAUACACGAACAAAUUCACAUGAUUACGAAUUUCUCAAUAAUCGUUUGAAUGCUGCUAACAAUCAGAAUGUUCACACAAAUAUCAGAUACAUCGUGAAUCAUCUUAGAAAGCCGAUGACUAACUUGAACAGCAAUUUCAAUCUUAAUAGGAACUUUAAAGAUCGUCGUCGUCAUAUAAGAAAUUAUUCUUAUGGACAAGAAUUUUCAUUUCUGCCAAAUAAUGCAAUUAUUCGAUUAGAUAACGACCUUGCCAACAAUUUCUUACUAAGCACAAGUGGACAAAAUAGCAAACAUCAAUCAAGAAAAAAUUCUUAUGAUCCGGCAAGUAAUGUCGACAUUAAUUUAUUGGCAAAGAAACUUAACAGUCAGAAAAUCAAUAAUGGUUUGUUGUUGAACGAAGAAGAGUUUGAUGAAGAACCAAGCACAACACAUGAAGUAGAGCAACAUCCAGUAAUGAUUAACACAGCUGUAACAGCAAUCGCUGAAGAAGACACAAUUCUUCGUCAUCGAAGAACAAACUCUAAAGAUUUAAAUCAAUUAAAAGUUGAUGAAGAAAAUCCACCCGACGACCUCAUUAAAAUCACCAGCAACAAUGAAAUGUCGUCAACAAAUAUUAAUUUAUGAACAUGAUAAGAUAAUUUUUAAUGUGCAUAAUACAGUUUUAAUGUGAUGAAAUGUUGAAUCCUCAACCGUUAAGCACUCACGUCAAUUCUAAAAAAUACAAAUAAAUUUCCACAAACUCUAAAUGAAAAUGAAAGAAAGUAAAAAAUAACUUGAGCUGUGAAUGUAAAGAAAAUGAAAGAAAGAAGAUAAAAGUUGUGAGGAUUUCAUAAUUUUAUGAACAAUAAGUUGAGUUUUGUUUUGACCAUGAAGAAGUCGCAACAUUUUCAAUCCGGCAGAAAUCAAAUAAAUGAAACAUUAAAAUGGAGCAACGAAAGGGAAAUGUUUGGUGGUGAAAAGAAUAACAAGAUAUUGAAACGAGAUCGUUCACAUACGUGAAUUCAUUCACUACGUUACGCUCGUUUUAUUGUCGUAAUUUGUGAUGUAUCGUACAAAACCAAAAUCUUUUCCCUUGUUCUAAAAUUAUGAGUAAACUUUUCCCGGAAAGCUCAAAAAAUGAGCUCCAUGCGUGUGUGUGGGUUAAAACAGAUUUUAGAAGAAAAUUGAAUCUAUUUUUAUAUUAACGUUGUAAAUGAUUGAGAAGCAACUUAGAAGUUCCUAUAUGGUCCCUCAUAAAUUUUAAUGAAAGGAAAAGCUUCUAGUUUCACAAAUAGUGAAGUACUUAGCAAGAAGUCGAAACAAAAGUCUUACUCAUCUAACAAUCAAUUACAAGAAUGAAUUGGGAUAUGAAAUUGAAGUAGGUAAUAAUCAGAUCGAAUUUAAUUCAAAAAUUUUAAGAGGAAUCUAUGUGCAAUUUUAAAUCUAAAAAUUUCUAAAGUAAAGUAUUCAAUAGAGACAAGAAAUGAACAAAAAAGCAUUUCUUUUGCAAUUAGGAAGUUUUAUUUUAACUUGAAGUUAUUUAAAUGAAUAUUUGUUUUGCCAGCAAUACUAGCCGAUUAUCUAACUUUCCUUAGUUAUAAUGCAAACCAUCGAUGAAUCUUCACAAUUAAUCUCACAUUCAAUCUUCUAUUCCAAUCUCACUUUGAUUCUCAUUUUUAAUGACUUCGAAUCUUUAAAAUAUUCUAUGAACCUUUUAAUCUUAGAUGUUUUGCGCUGUGCAAAAGUUAUGUAGAAGUAGAAUGACAAAAAAUAUAUCUUUUGUUAGAAAAUUUAUGACUUCUAUCCUUAAAAAGCAAUGAUAGAGCCGAGAUUUACUUCUCAAUCUGUAUUAAAAUUCAUUUUUAAAUUAACUAAAGAAAUAUUAGAGAAUACAUUUGAAAGUUUAAUUAUUUUAAGUAAGUACUUAUUGUGUUGGAAUUUCAAGAAAUUUAUUUCAAAUGAAGGAAAUAAAAGUAUUGAAGCUCA